UAUAGUGUAAAAAAAAUAUAUAUAGAAAAAAAUAGUUUUAAAAUUAAAUAAAUUCAACCAAAAAAAAAAUGUCGGAUUGAAUUCAAAAUGGCCACGUUAAGCUAAUAGUGGUGAGACGCAAUUUAUGUGUCCGAGUGCGUGACGUACGAGAGCGUGUCAAAAGGGCGCGGACGAGGGCGAGAAGAAGACGACGACGAAGACGUGAUCGGGAUCCGCGAACGAGUUGAAACAUCCGAGCAUCUACUAUAUGUCCAUGAGUCUGUCCAUAUAAAUGCAUAACGCACCAAGAAAUGGAUCCAAAUAAAUUCUAUUGUCGCAGCAAUAAUAAUAACAACAACAAUAACGGCUCACAAACACCAUCAAUAGCAUCUUCCUCGUCGUCAGUAUCAUCAUCAGCGGCCGCAGCAAUAGCUGCAGCAGCUGCUACUGCUGCUGCAGCAACAGCCGCUUCAUCUCAAAUCGGCCAAGACAUUGUACCGAAAGGCAAAUCCCAGCAAUUGAAUCGGGGGACCAAUACAGGAAAUUACAUAAAUGUUGUGCCUGUUCCCAUUGGAGUGCAAUACCAUCGAAGAAAAUUAACGCCACAGGAAUAUCAGUCACGUUUGUAUUAUAAUGGCACAGACUAUCGAUGUCGGGAGGAUUACUAUAACCUUGCACCAACGAGUGGUCGACUAAGUACGACAUCUCCAUCGCCUUCGUUGCAACAGCAACAACAACACCAGCAGCAACAACCACAACAAAGUCAUCAACAGCAACAGCAGCAGCAACUUCAACUGCAACAACAACAACACCAUCAACAGCAUCAACAACACCAACAACAGCAACACCAACAACAGCAACAACAGCAACAUCACCACCAACAUCAUCAUGUCCACCAACAGCACCAUCAUCAACAACAACAACAACAAACCCAGCAGCACCAUCAGCAGCAGCAGCAACAACAACAACAUCUACAUCAACAACACUGCACGGAUAUUGUUGAUGAGGUGUUGAACAGUAGUCGCGUUGUUGCCACCCAAACCAGCAACGGUAAUUGUGAACAAAUAGUGUCGACAGGUUUUGGUAGCACAAAUGGUGUAGGUGGUGGGGGUAGCAGUGCAUCAACGCUACCCCCACCGCCAGUGUUGUACACGGUGCAUAGGGUAGUGACAACGGCCCAAAUACAAACGGCCGGUGGUAAUACGUUCGCUUCGUCAUCGAGCGUGUCGAGUGUUGUAAGUGCGUUGCGGGGGGGUGAUGCGGCCGAAUGCUUAACGGCCGCAGUUAGUGGGGCCAGUGGUGGUGUUGGAGGGGUUGGUGGUGGUACAUCAGCAGCAGCAGCAACAGCAGCAGCAAUUGCCUCAGCGGGAGGACUCCGUAGUUCACCUGGAACAAGUACAAAUUCAAAUUAUCAGCCACAUCAGCAACCAUGCAGUUCAGAAGUUCAACAUCAACAACAACAACAACAACACUCAUCAUCAAGGAUAUCAAAUAAUUUUAAUUCAACCACCUCAUCAUCAAACACAAAUUACUCAAGUGGUGCUAAAUCGUCGACGUCGAUACCAAGGCCUCUGCAAAAUGUGAUACCCACAUGCGUGUACCUAAUGUCACGCAUCGCUGUACAUAUGGAAAUCGAAGGAACGGCCCAGUGUCCAUCGCAAGUGAUGCUGGCUGCUGCUCUGGGCUGUGAAGAAUUAGGAAUAGCUAAUAAAUUACUAGCGCAAAGUAUAUUUGGUCUUUGGAUGACCAGCGCACUCUUAGAAAUCCAAUUGAAAUCCCAUCAUCGACCUUAUGUAGUUAGAAUAGCGUGGCAAAGUUUGCUCGAAAAGUUCAGCCAUGGCAAUCCAAUUGAAAAGAAAUACGACGAACCAAUGAUAAUGCUCAAACGGAAUGUGUUCUUUUCAAAAAAGGAUGAAGAAAAAAUCAAAGACCAUCGGAUAUUGGAGCUACUGUACGAGGAGGCGAAACACAAUGUGCUAACAGGUCGAUACAUCAUGGAACCAGUGCAUUCGGUCAUGCUUGGUGGAAUACAAGCUCGAAUAGAAUUGGGUCCCUACAAUUCGCACACCCACACAAUCAGUUUUUUUAGAGAGAAUCAAUCACGAUUUCUGCCACAACACGUUGCCAAAAACUCCAGUUGGUCCUGGUUGCCAGUUAGUCGUAAGAAUUCGGCGGAAGUCAAACUUUUAGAACAAUACAAACGAGUGCCACAGACAGCAACGACGAGGAAACUCAUGAGGAAAUAUUUGGAAUUUUGUUGGGCGCUUCCUUUCUACGGUGCGGCAUUUUUUCAUGGUCAAGUGGAGCAGCCAGUUCGUGGUCUUAUGAGCUUAGUGAAUCACAAGGAUGUUUCAGUGAUUGUUGCGAUAAACGAGCGUGGUAUUUUCAUCAUUGAUCCGGUGGAAUACACACUGUUGCUGGGCUUAAGAUAUGAAGACUUAUCCUGGGACUUUGCCAAACCGAGUGCGAGUGAUGAUCCCGAAUGCCAGACGUGUAUAUUUCUACAGUUCGAUGCGGUGGAAAACGGAAUCCAAAUAUCAAAACUGAUGCAAAUAUUCUCAAGACAAGCGGCUAUGAUGGAUGCCUUAAUUGCUCAUUUUGCGGAACAAAUGAGACGACGACGAGAAGGUGGUGAUGGAAAUGUUACAGAGCAUAUCCAUGAUGAACCAAAUCCAAUUCAAAACAAUGGAAACGGUGUACUCUGCAAUAAAUUGUCCCGCCUGACAUUAGCAACAUUCGAUGAUGAAGGACGUUGUAUAGGACAAAUGGGAUCAUUAUCAAUAAGUUAUUAACAGUUUAUUUAGUAAAAUUUCUUUUAUAUAUAAAAAACUUUUAUUUUGUUAAUAAUGUUUUUUUUUUUACAUACAUACAUAUUAUAUAUAGUUGUUAUAAUAUUAUUAAUAUAAAAAAUAUCAUACUUAUCUUACUUUUUUCAACAAACAAAAAAAUAAAAACAAACAAAUUUUUUUUAUACGGGUAUGAUUGAUUUUUUGUCUGAAACUACUUUAUUAAGUAAAAAAAAAAAAUAAAAAUAAAUUUUAAGUUGUAUAAUCUUAUGUCUGUAAAAUAAUAAUUAAAAUUUAAAUUAAAAAAAAAGAACAGAAAGUUAAAUUUAAAACAAACAAACCAAAAGAUAAAAAACUAAGCAAUGGAAAGAAGGAUUACUUUGUUAAAAGUUAAAAUGUGAUGAAGCCGACUUAAAAUACCAACGAAAAAACAUAAUAAAAAUUGUAAAAAGAAGAUGAAGAAAAAGUUGUACAGGUUAUAAGGGGGUAUGCAAUAAUUUGAAAAUAAAAGAGACAAAAUUUUCAAAAAUUUUAACUUCUUAUUUAUU